AUGAAGAGAUUCAACAAUGGCGUUUUCCACUUCGUGGUUUUUAUCUCUAUUCUUCUUUUUCUGGGUCCAGGGCUUUGCAUGCAUCCUUUCUCCUACGAUCAUUCUCUAAAAUCAGAGGAAAUGGAGAAAACGGAAAAGUUUCAGAAAGGGGACAUAUACAGCAUAUCUGCUUGGGUAAAGUUGAGGAAUGAGAAGAAAAGAGCAGUAAGAAUAACUUUGAGGGGAAAGAAUGUCAGAUACGUUGAUGGAGGUCAAGUUAUGGCGAAGAACGGAUGCUGGUCUUUGCUUAAAGGCGGUUUUAUCGUCAAUGUCUCGGCCCCUGUCGACAUUUUCUUCAAGAGUGAUGGCUCAGCGGCCGCAGAGAUAAGUGUACAAAACGUGAGGUUGCAACGGUUCAACAAAACACAGUGGAGACUCCAGCAAGACCAAGUCAUUGAAAAGAUUCGAAAGAGCAAGGUGAGAUUUCAACUGAGCUUUCAGAACAAAAGCCCAGUAGAAGGAUCAUUCAUUUCCAUAAAACAGAUCAGACCAUCGUUCCUCCUUGGCUGUGCUAUGAACUACCGAAUCUUGGAAAGUGAUAGCUAUAGAGAAUGGUUUGUGUCACGGUUUAGACUAACUUCCUUCACAAAUGAAAUGAAAUGGUAUACAACUGAGGAAGUGCGAGGCCAAGAGAACUACACAUUGGCUGAUGCAAUGAUGCAGCUUGCCGAGGAAAACAAGAUUCUUGUCAAGGGACAUACGGUUUUGUGGGACGACAAGAAAUGGCAGCCAAUUUGGGUUAAGUCGAUAACUGAUCCUGACGAUCUUAAAAAUGUGACUCUCAACAGAAUGAACUCAGUUAUGAAGAGAUAUAAAGGGAGGUUAAUUGGAUGGGAUGUGAUUAAUGAGAAUUUGCAUUACAGCUAUUACGAGGACAUGCUUGGGAAAAACGCUUCAGCUAUGAUCUACUCUUUGGCCUCUAAGAUUGAUCCUGAUAUACCAUUGUUCAUAAACGAGUACAACACCGUAGAGUAUGCAAAAGGAGUUGGGAGCCCGAUCAACGUGAAGAAUAAGAUGCAAGAGAUUGUUUCGUACCCAGGAAACAUGAAUAUCAAAGGAGGGAUUGGAGCACAAGCUCACUUUGUUCCAGCACAGCCUAACUUGCCUUACAUGAGAUCUGCUUUAGAUACGUUAGGCUCUCUGGGUUUUCCAGUUUGGCUUACGGAGGUUGAUAUGCCCAAGUGCCCGGAUCAGGUUAAAUACAUGGAGGAGGUUCUGAGAGAAGCUUACUCGCAUCCUGCAGUCCAAGGCAUAAUCUUAUAUGCGGGGCCUGAGAUGUCAGGUUUCAACAAGUUAACUCUUGCCGACAAUGAUUUCAACAACACAAAAGCAGGAGAUCUCAUUGACAAGCUGCUCCAAGAGUGGCAACAAGAACCUGCAGAGAUUCCUGUUGAAUACCACGAACAUAAUGAUGAAGAACAAAGUCGAAUCAUUGGCUUUUCUCCAGAGGUUUCCUUGCUGCAUGGACAUUACACAGUUACUGUAACUAAUCCAUCGAUGAAGAACUUCUCCACUACCUUCAGCUUGGAGGUAACUACGGAGUCGGGUCAACUCCAAGUGGUUCAACUUGAACUUGAUGUUUGAAUACCGAACCAUAUCA